GUUCACUCAGGUCCAGCCCCUCAAACUGUUUCCACUGACUCCGAGCAGCAGGCACAGUGGCCUCAGACGCUCGGAGUGAAUCUCUGUGCGCAGCUUCACUGAUGUUGAUCCAGGAGUGAAGCACAGACAUGCAUUCUGUGGGCAAGUCGUGGCUGCUGCUGACAGGCUUCAUCCUCUUCUACAUCAUCUACCUGAUGUUCGGAGCCCUGGUGUUCUCCAGCAUCGAGCGGCCGGUGGAGGAGAAGCUGCGCCGGGACAUGGACGCGCUGAAGCAGGACUUUCUGAACCAGAGCUGCGUCAACGCCGCGUCGCUCGAACUCUUUCUGGUCAAGGUGCUGACGGCCAACAAGUAUGGCGUGUCCGUGUUCAGGAACUCCUCCGCCACCUCCAACUGGGACCUGGCCUCGUCCAUGUUCUUCGCCAACACCCUGGUCACGACUGUGGGUUAUGGUCACACCACCCCUCUGUCCGACACCGGGAAGGCCUUCUCCAUCGUCUACGCCCUGAUAGGAGUCCCCUUCACCAUGCUGGUCCUCACCGCCUGCGUCCAGAGGCUCAUGUUCCCUCUGGUCCUCGCUCCCGUCGGCCUCCUGCAGCGUUCGGGGAUGGAGCCUCGGUCGGCCACCGCCGUCCACUUCCUGUUAAUGCUGGUCCUCAUGGUGCUGUGCUUCUUCUUGGCUCCGGCCGCGGUGUUCAGCACGUUGGAGGUGUCCUGGUCCUUCUUGGAUGGCGUGUACUUCAGCUUCAUCUCGCUGUGCACCAUCGGACUUGGGGAUUUCGUUCCGGGGAUGGAGCCUGGACAGAAGUACAGGCAGCUGUACCAGGUCUCUGUCAUGGUCUACCUGUUUGUGGGUCUGAUGAUGAUGUACCUCCUGCUGCGCACCUUCCACAAAAUGGCCGACCUGCACGGCCUGACCACCUUCCUGCAGCUGCCGCGCUGCGAGGAGUCCGACCAGGAUGAGGACCGGGAGCCCAUCGUGGAGAGCAAACCCGACGACCAGGCGCCGCCCUACCUGAACGACAAAGCCGCCAGUAGGCCCCUGGAGCCGGGGUCCCAGCCCUCGUACAACACCAUCAACAAGGGCUGAGCCGCGAGGCGGCGAGAAAGGAAACAGACGCUCUACCUCUGCUGGUCCCUUUGUCUUAAAGCCGCAAUAACCCCCCCCCCCCCCAACCGGUAGGUGAGAGGACGGACGGACAGCCUGAUUGGUCGUGACAUCACUUCCUGCACACGUAAAAGGACUUUGCUAAACUGACGACGGCCGAACGGCACAAAUGUUCCUGUUAAACACUGGUGUCACACAGAAUCUGCCUCGAAGUCGCACACAAACCUGUAGCUCCAUGCUGGUUUGUUUGAUUUCACUUCAUCCUGUGUGUUUCUUCUGUUUUCUGGUCACGUUUAUUUUUGUGACGUAGGAUUUGGUCGUUCGUUCAGGACUAACAAAUAUUUAAUUCAUAAAACGGCUGAAACUAAAACUUCACAUUUUAUGAAAAUCUUAUCUAAUCUGUAGUUGUUUUUGUUUUCCUCUGAGGGGCUUGUAUCGCUCAGCUCCUCCUCUUUAUAUGUCACACGUGCACAUCAUGGUCCAAACGCCUCCAGACUCUUCACUGCACCGUUAACUCGUGUUCAUGAUUCUCUGGCUGGUUCGGUCUAAUGAACUAAUUAGUGUGUUUUAGGUCUAUAAUACAGUUCUAAUUGGGAUCUGAGCUUUUCAGAUCUGAAACCUGUGUCUUAUUUAAUCAGAUUUCAUUUGUUAACGUUGUAACAGCCUCAAAAAGCACAGAAACUACAGAGAAACCGUGUGUUUGCUGCAAGACAUGUUCUGUCCUCCUUUAUGGUGCCGCCCCCUGGUGUCUGCUUGUGUGCAGUGCCACGCCUCCAGAACAGUAGCUAAUAGAUAGGGUUAAAGGGUCGCAAAAGAGGGACAGCAGAGAAGACGAUGGAAAAGAAGUGUGGAUGAAAAACCAAAUGUUUCUGUAACGUGUGAGUCAUAGUGCAUGGAUCUGAUCCAUCAGAGAAACGAACACUUGAAAUGCACUUUAAUGUUCACACCAGUUGUUCACAUCCUGAUACUGUAACAUGAAGUUGUUGUUGUAGUUUAUUAAUGUCAUGUAUUCAUAUUGGAAAAAUAAAUUAAAUUAAAAAAGUCUCCUUGUAUCACAUCA